AUGGAGAAUCAUUUUUCUACCUCACGGCCAAGUUCGGAGAAGGAGCAUCGUCUUAGCAGCAGUCCUUCGAGGUCACGGUCUAGCACGUCCAAACUAGAACCACCACCGCCCACCCCUGCCUAUGAUGCGUCGGCUCUUCUUAUCCAGCCUUCUCCUCUCAUGACCUCGUCCUUGCAUUCCCGCAACUCAGCGACAUCGGCUCAGGAAUCUGCAUAUCUCCGCCAGGCUGGAUCUCUCUGGUGGAUUCGCCUAUCGUUGACGCUCUUGGCUAUCGCUACGGCUAUCGCUGCUGUUGGCUGCGAGGGACACGUUUUGCACAGAUACAACUCGACCCGCCUCGGAGAUGACUUCCACUUGCCACCGCUCUGGCCAUCAAAUGUGGAUGUGCGACCGACACUGGCUAUCUUGAUCUCAGCUUGUAUCAUUGUGGCAUCCAGCGUUGUUUAUCUGGUCUGGUCGCUGAUCCCUACACCAUAUUCUCGAACUCUCUUCUACAACUUUCUCUUCCUGGGCACCUCCAUUGCGAGCUUGAUUCUCACCGUCUUCGCCCUGCCUUUUGCCAACCUUCUGACCGGAUUCAAGUCCCACCAUGCUCGAGAAUCCAUUCAGUCCUGGACAUGCAAAUUCUCCCACGGUGCCUCACAAUUCAUGGCCGAUGCCCAUUCUCUACAGAUCCCGGUCUACGUACCAAAUGGCAUGCCUAUCCCGGCCGGAUUCAAACGAGUCUGUCAGGAGAGCGAGGAACAUGACGAAGAAGAGGAACGACAGAUACGCCGUACACGGCGAGAAGGCAACGGAUAUGUCUUAGCCGUGGGCUAA